AUAUUUUAUUGGUCUUUAACCAACAAAUAACCUCACAAAGUGAGGCACUACCACUACUACAGUCUUUGUUCUUGUAGCCUUGUACCUUUCUUUUCUUUCUCUUUCCUCUGCCACACAUCACACCCAAUAGUCUCAGCAUUGCAGCAACUGCAGCACUGCUGCAGCUUCAGCUUGCAGUCGAGGAAAAAGGGCCCAAAAAAUAAUAUAUACGUUUUUUGAAAAGGGAAAAUAGAUGAGUAAAGAAAAUGGGAUAAAAAUUAAAAACCCAUUUUUAUGUGACCCCAACUUAAAUCUCAAUGAAAGCUUGAUUUGAUGAUACCCCAAAAUACAUACCCAUUCCAUUCACUCAUCAUGACUCUACUCUUCCCUUCCCAGUCAAUAUAUAAAGUAAAAGAAAAGAAACCCAAAAAAGAAACAAAUUAGCAGAGAGAGUGAUAACUCAGAGAGAGAGAGAGAGAGAGGGUCUCUUUCUUUUUGGAGUAUUGGGUCACAGCCUCUUUUAGCAAUGCCAAAGUUACUCAACAACACAUCACGCUCUCUGAAAAUGCUGCAGGCAUGAAAUCACUCAUUGAAAUCUUCCCCUUCUUCCUCUCUCAAACUUCUUCUUCCCACGCUCUUGUUAGAUUCGUUAACAUUGCGACCAGAGCUUUGUUCCUAUGGGGUUGAUCGAUCUCAACACCACUGAGGACGAUGAAACUCCAUCUUCUGCUUCUUCUUCUUCCUCUUCUUCUUCUUCUCACUCGGGGAUAAGCACUUCUGUUUCAACCGUGGUUGUUCCUUCUCCUCCUUCUGUGUGUUUGGAACUGUGGCACGCCUGUGCAGGGCCUUUGAUCUCUCUUCCGAAGAAAGGAAGCGUUGUUGUGUACUUGCCACAGGGACACUUUGAGCAAGUUCAGGAUAUUCCGGUCACUGCCUAUAAUAUUCCACCCCAUGUGUUCUGUCGUGUUCUUGAUGUCAAGCUCCAUGCAGAGGAAGGGAGCGAUGAAGUGUAUUGCCAAGUCAUACUGGUUCCUGAAAGUGAGCAAGUUGAGCAAAGUUUGCGGGAAGGGGAAAUUGAUGCUGAUGGGGAAGAGGACACUGAAACUAUUGUAAAGUCAACAACACCCCAUAUGUUCUGCAAGACUCUCACAGCUUCAGACACUAGCACUCAUGGUGGAUUCUCGGUGCCACGUCGUGCAGCUGAAGAUUGCUUUCCUCCCCUGGAUUAUAGUCAACAGAGACCUUCACAAGAGCUUGUGGCAAAGGAUUUGCAUGGAUUAGAGUGGAGGUUUCGACAUAUAUACAGGGGGCAACCACGGAGGCAUUUGCUCACCACUGGGUGGAGUGCAUUUGUGAACAAGAAGAAGCUUGUGUCUGGAGAUGCUGUGCUGUUUCUUAGGGGUGAUGAUGGAGAACUGAGAUUAGGGAUACGUAGAGCAGCCCAAUUGAAAAGUGCUGGUUCCUUUGGAGCUCCCUCUGGUCAGCAAUUGAAUCCUGCAAAUCUCAUGGAUGUUGUUAAUGCUUUAUCUACAAGAUGUGCAUUUAGUGUUUGCUAUAAUCCAAGGGUCAGUUCCUCAGAUUUCAUCAUACCUGUCCAAAGAUUCUUAAAGAGCCUUGAUUGUUCUUAUUCAGCUGGAAUGAGGUUCAGGAUGCGUUUUGAAACUGAAGAUGCUUCAGAGAGAAGAUUCACUGGACUAAUUGCUGGAAUUAGUGAUGUUGAUCCUGUUAGAUGGCCGGGAUCAAAAUGGAGAUGCCUACUGGUAAGGUGGGAUGACAUAGAAGCAGCUAGGCAUAAUAGGGUUUCUCCGUGGGAAAUUGAGCCUUCUGGUUCUGCUUCCACUUGCAGUAACUUGAUGGCAGCUGGUUUGAAGAGGACCAGGAUUGGAUUGACUUCAGCAAAGCUGGAAUUUCCUGCUUCCAAUGGGAUUGGAACAUCAGGCUUUGGGGAAUCAUUAAGGUUCCGGAAGGUCUUGCAAGGUCAAGAAAUUUUGGGUGUUAAUACUCCAUUUGAUUGUGUUAAUGCUCAGAGUCCCAGGUUAUAUGAGUUAGGGAGGUGCUAUCCUGGUUCAAACAGUUCUGGGAUUCCUGCUACAGGAAAUAAUGUCAGAAUGCCGCAUGUGACAUCUGAUUUUUCCUGCAAUGGCAUAGGCUUUAGUGAAUCUUUGCGAUUCCAAAAGGUCUUGCAAGGUCAAGAAAUUCUUCCAAGCCAACCAUAUGGCAGAGCUUUGUCAAUUGAGGAGGCUCAUGGAAAUGGUCGUUUUGGACUUUUUGAUGGUUAUCAAUUGCUUAGCUCUAGAAAUGGAUGGUCUGCCCAGGUGCAUGAUAAUGCUUCACAUUUGCAUGCAUCUGUUACAACUGGACAGGUGUCAUCUCCCUCAUCUGUGUUGAUGUUCCAGCAAGCAGUUAACCCAAUUUCAAACUGCGAUUAUAACAAAAAACGCAAUCAAGAAAGGUACCAAGGUUCAUACACACCAGAAGUGAAAGGUAGAACAUUUGCAUCUUCCCCACCUGGGGAUACUAUUUUCCCAAGGCGAGCACAGGAAGGCACAAAUUCUUUUGGUAUGUUAAAUGUUCAUAAUCAGUUGGCUGGUUCACGGUUACAUGAGUCAGUAUCAGCACUGAGAAGCAGCCAAGAGUUGGUUUCCUCGUGUAAAAGUAGCUGCAGACUCUUUGGUUUUUCAUUGACUGAGAACCCACACAUUGCAAACAAAGAGGCUGAUGCCACAUCUACCAUCACUUGUCCAUUGAAUUCUGGACCGUCCUUUACUCGGCUUGUUGAGGAUGAGUUCCACCCUGGCCACUCGCACCGGAGUAAGGCAGUUGGAAGUAACUGUGCCAAAGGUGUAUUGCAGUAUUGAUCUGAGAAUCAUGAUGUGCUCAAGCAGUAUGACACUGGCAUGAGAUAGCUGAAGAAUGGGUCCAUAGUUUGUAUUGGUUAUGUGCUUUGCUAUAAUAUAUUUGGAUUUCAGGAAAGAGGAAAAUUGUUAUUGUUGGCCAUAUUUGGGCAAUUUUAUCUUAUGUUGGCUAUGACCAGAUUGAAGUGCUUGUGUAUUAAUCAUUUAUGCAUACUCAAUGUGACCUGCAAGAGAUGCACUCGUGUAAAACUAUUGUGGUAAUGCUAUGCAUCUUAAUCCUUCUGCGAUCUAUACAAUACAAAAUCUAAUUACUUUUUGUGAAGACUCGUGG